AGUGUCUAUAAAAGAUUUGGAAAUUUUGAUAUCUGCUUUUAAUAAUAAAAGAUUUGAAAAUUUGAAAUCCAUGCCAAAGCAAACGUCACACUCUGCCAAAAAAAAUGCCAUGAAAAUCAACGGCGAUUAUAAUCACACAGCACAAAAAAUGCACCACCUCAUCGUCCGCCACGUGUACAAUGCCAUAAUCCCAUCCCAUGGCUCAAAAAGCAUGACCUCCCCACUUUUCCAGUUGCCAUCUUUACCCCCCAAAAACACUCCGUACGGACAAGCGGUGGCACAUGCGUAAUUUUCACAAAACUCAGGUCAAUUUACGUAAUUUGCCCCUUCUCACGCUUCUAUAUAAAGGCACGACCCCCCAUCGUUUGAAACCGCUGCUUGGGGAGGGAGUAAGAGAGAGAAAGUGCCUCUAGAGAGAGAAUUUUUUUAGAGUAGUGAGAGAAGGCUGCAAAAGGCCAGAGAUCAUGCAGAGUGGGGAGUGAUUUCUUCUCACAAUCAAUUCUGUGUUUGUUUUCAGAAUCGGCAUAAUUUCAUCACCUGUUUUUCCUCUUUUCCAAUUUGAGAAUAGAAUGAGUCGAUUAGGGUUUAAAUCCGCGGUUUAUCACGGGGAUUUGUAUUUAGGGGAACUGGAAGCAGUUUCAGUGAAGGAUGGGAAUUUUCAAUUUCCGAAUAAUGAGAUACGGAUUCACUACAUCUCGCCGAACAGCGAGAGAUGCCAUCCUCUAUCCGUUCUGCAGACGAUUUCGUAUGCCUCUGUUCGUUGCAAGCUGGAGCCCUGUUCUAAUAGCAAUUCUAAUUCUAACGCCGAGCAGUCUCCAUUGAUUACUCUCCACGCCUCGUGCUUCUACGAGCUUAAGACGGCGGUUGUAUUGCUUGGUAAUGAGGAAAUUCAUUUAGUGGCGAUGCCAAGCAAGCAGAAGAAAUUUCCAUGUUUUUGGUGCUAUUCAGUGCCAUCUGGUCUGUACAAUGCGUGUUUAUGGAUGUUGAAUACGAGGUGUUUAGCCAUUGUGUUUGAUCUUGAUGAAACUCUCAUUGUUGCCAAUACAUUGAAGUCAUUUGAAGAUAGAAUCGAAGCUUUGACGGGUUGGAUUACACGUGAGUCUGACGCGAUUCGGGAGUCUGGGAUGAAAGCAGAGAUGAAGAGAUAUAUUGAGGAUCGGGCAUUAUUGAAGCAAUAUGCAGAGACUGAUUGUGUUGUGGAUGGCGGGAAAGUUUAUAAGAUCCAGUUGGAGGAAGUGCCUCUCCUAUCUGAUGGAAAGCAUCGUGUUCUUCGGCCUGUUGUAAGGUUACCUGAGAAAAACAUCGUUCUUACGCGAAUUAAUCCCGAGAUUCGUGACACCAGUGUGUUAGUAAGAUUACGACCUGCUUGGGAAGACUUGAGAAACUAUUUAACUGCAAAAGGCCGAAAAAGAUUUGAAGUUUAUGUCUGUACCAUGGCUGAAAGAGAUUAUGCACUGGAAAUGUGGAGGCUGCUUGACCCAGAAGCGCGCUUAAUUAGCUCAAAGCAAUUACUGGACCGUGUUGUCUGUGUCAAACCAGGGGCUAGGAAAUCCUUGCUCAAUGUCUUCCAGAAUGGCAGUUGCCAUCCAAAGAUGGCAAUGGUUAUAGAUGAUCGUUUAAAGGUUUGGGAAGACAAAGAUCAGCCUCGUGUUCAUGUAGUUCCUGCAUUCACUCCAUAUUAUGCUCCACAGGCCGAGAUUGCCAAUCCUGUUCCUGUCCUGUGUGUGGCGAGAAACGUGGCUUGCAAUGUCAGAGGUGGUUUCUUCAAAGAGUACGAUGAAAAUUUACUGAGAAGAAUAUCCGAUAUUUUCUUCGAAGACGAGGUUGUGAACUUACCUUGUCCACCAGAUGUCAGCAACUACUUGAUUUCAGAGGAUGCUAGUUUUAUACCAAAUGGAAAUACAAAUGCUCCAAUUGCUGAGGGAAUGAAUGGAACUGAAGUUGCACAAAGAUUGCAGUCUCUGGAAGAGAAGAAUGCUGUUAACGCUGUUUCUUAUCCCAUGGCUAACAACCUUGAGUUGAAAUCUGAAAGCUGCAAGAUUCCCGUAGUGUCUGUUGCAAGUGCCACUGCUCCAGCAUCCACAAGAGUAGUGUUACCUUCUGAAAAGCCCAGUUUACUUGGUGAUCCAUUUCGAAGAGAUAGCAGGUAUCCACGUUCAAAUGAACCACCUCUAUUGUCUAGAUUGCCUUGGCAGGCACCUGUCUUGCAGCCACAAGGAGGCUGGCUGGAAGAAGAUACUAAUCGAGGUAAUUUCAGAAGCCGAGCCCCAGGAAUAAUUUCAGAAUUUGAUCCAUCGGACAGACAACGACUUCAUCAAAAUUCACUUGGUCAUGGUACAUCAUCUUCAGUUCCUGCAGAGUUGUCUCAAGUAAAGACUGAAGAGGCUAAUGCAGGCUAUGACAGCCCUAAACAGAACCCUCUUGCACAAAAUCGGUUUCCAGAGUUUGGUGUGUCUAACAAUCAGCUGUCCUCCAAUAAUAAAGAACUAAAGACCGAAGGUGAUAAAAUAAAUCUGCUGCCAUCUUUGGCUAUUGGCGUGCUCCAAGAGAUUGGAAGAAGAUGCAAGUCAAAGGUUGAAUUUAGGCCCGUUGUAAGUACCAGUGACAAUUUGCAGUUUUCAGUAGAGGUUUAUUUCACUGGCGAAAAAGUUGGUGUUGGGAUGGGCAAGACAAGGAAAGAUGCCCAGCAACAGGCAGCAGCGAAUGCCCUUCGUAGCUUGGCUGAUCAUUACAUAUCUUACGUUGCACCUCAAUCAACAGCUGUGGAAAAUGAUCUUGAUCGGCUUCUUCUGGAGAAAGAAAAUGGGUUUAUUUGGGAUGUCAAGCCUGGAUCAGAAGAAGUCCUUGCUAGUAAUGGGGUUUCAAAACAAAAAACUUCUGAAGUGGGAAUUUCUUACAAUACUUCCAAUGGUUGAUCUAAUUCAGUAGCUUAAAUAUCUGGGAUUCUUGGACAAGUGCCGUGUGGAUGUUUCAUGGUGAGUGGUGAUUUUCUUGAGAUAAACCACUCAUCUCUUUUAAUCUGCUUGCCCAAGAUAUGGGAACCGGAAACAGGAUGAGGUGGAUCGAGUUGCUUCAUUUCUCAGCUGCUGUCUCUUCCUCGUUCCAGAACUUCUGUUUUGGAGGUUGCUGAGCUAAGGAUUGAAGCAGCCCUUGUUCCAUUCAAGUGAAUCAUCAGAACACGAAAGCAUCUACGUUUGUCCAAGAAGGGAUUGUCACUUGGUGUCGCAAAAAGAACCAAAGAGCCAUGCCAUGUGCUGCUUAUGGCUCUGUGAUGUUGGAGAAUGACUUUUUAUUGCAGCUAUUGGAACUUGGACAAAAUAUUUUCAACUCCUAGCAGUCUUAAUUGAUUUUGAUUUACCAUACACGCACUAUAAUUUUAGCUUUGACUGGAAAACGUCUAUAAAUGUAAUUUGUUUUUCUUUUUAUGUUUAGGCUAUCCGGAUCCCCAAGUAAAGCGAAGAAGCCAGAAUUGAGUAGCAGGAAUUUGGUGUAAUUGAGUUGCCUCUUAACAAGUAAAUAUUUUCCCUGAGGCCAGCGUGUAUUGUAAUUGCUUCUCUGUAUAUAUUUACCAGAUACCAAAUUCCUGUGACCGGUAUCAUGCAAAGUUACGUUGAUCUAGCAGAAAGCAGAUCUGAAGUUAAAUCAUUUUGUUUCGCCUUUCAU